AUGCCGCUGUCCCUAUUUCCCUACCAAACCGGUUACCUCAACAUGUUUCUAGGCGCUGCCUGUGUGCUGCUUUUCCUCAAGGGCAAACUGCAAAGCAUUGUCCGGUCUGCAGAGAGGUUCAUCGGCAGCCACCUGCCCUCCAUCAAGGUCCUGCACAAUGUUCAGGAAAGAUCAUCGCCGGACGAUGCACUCUAUGCUGCACAGCGCAUCAAGCCGUCUCUGAACUACCUUGUGUCAGAACAUUGGCAGUGCUGUUACCAUGGAGACUGGCAAGCGAGGCUUGGUGAAUGUGAUAACGCCUGGCAGCAGCUCCGUGUCAGAACAGAGAGAGAACAGCAUCAACAACAGCAUGCCACUCCGGGCUCCUCUAACCACCUUGUACCUCCACACAGUGCCAGGCCUUUCUUCACACCCCAGGCUCAGCCAGCUGCCUCCUUGGACUCCACGACCCUUCGUCUGUCCAUCCCUCAGCAGGGCUCCACAGACUCCCUACCCUUCCUGACUCUCCACCUACCAGCCAGGCUGCAGCUGCACCAGCAGGCCCCACAAUCAGGCCUGGGGGAGCAUGUGUCCCUGAGGGCCUCUGUGUCUACAGCCAGACCCUCUAGGUCCGCUGGGAAGCACCUGUGUCCUCACUGCGGCCGGGACUGCAUGAAGCCCAGUGUCCUGGAGAAACACCUGCGCUGCCACACCGGGGAGCGGCCCUACCCCUGCACCACCUGCGGCAUCUCUUUCAAGACCCAGAGCAACCUCUAUAAGCACCGCCGCACACAGGCCCACGCACGCCUCAGCUCCGGGUCAGGGCAGAGGUCGCUCGGAUCUCUGGGCAGUUUACAAGGUCACUCCUCCCUGAGCAGCAUGGACACUCUGCAGGGACACCAAGCCAGUCUGCAAGGUCACUCAUCCCUGGGAUCGAUGGACAGCCUGGGCAGUCUACAGGGCCAUUCCUCAGUGAGCAGCUUGGACAGUCUACAGGGCUAUUCCUCCCUGGGCAGUCAGGACAGUCUGCAGGGACACCGUCUGCAAGGUCACCAGGACAGUCUAUUCAGUUUACAGGGUUCCAGGGAUACCCUCACCUCCAGCCCCUCUCUAGAUACCCUCAGCCAGGACCCAGGUAGUCUGGAGAAUGGCAGCUCUCUCUCUGCUACCACCACCCUCUCCCCCAGCCCUGGCCAGAGGAGUGGGACAGAAACAGGUAGAGACACAGACAGAGACACAGGCUGGGCCCUGCAGCAGGCUGGGUUAGAGGGUCUCCUCCUGGCUGCUGGGGGGAGCCAGAGUAUAGAGUUAUCCAAGAAGAGGAGAGAAGCGGAGGAUACGAGGGAUGAACUGAGAGAGAGCAGGAAGGAUAAAGAUAGAGAGAAUUCAGUGUUGACCCUGUCCCGCCACCUCCCGCUGCGGAGACAGCAGGCUGCCAUCUUGUCUCAGUGGGAGGGUUCUCUGGCUAGGGGGAUGGCCCAGAACCAAGACAACUUCCUGUCUAGAGGGAAGUCCCAGAGCCACGACAGUACAGACUCCGGCUACAGCGAGACCUCCAGCCCUGGGUCUGGACCAUACAACCCUGGGUCUGAACUACACAACCACAAUCCUGUGUCUGGACUACACAACCCUGGGUCUGGACCACACAACCACAACCCUGGGUCUGGACCACACAACCCUGGGUCUGGACCACACAACCACAACCCUGGGUCUGGACCCCACAACCACAACCCUGGGUCUGGACCACACAACCACAACCCUGGGUCUGGACCACACAGCCCUGGGUCUGGACCACACAACCCUGGGUCUGGACCCCACAACCACAACCCUGGGUCUGGACCACACAACCACAACCCUGGGUCUGGACCACACAACCACAACCCUGGGUCUGGACCACACAACCACAACCCUGGGUCUGGACCACACAACCACAACCCUGGGUCUGGACCACACAGCCCUGGGUCUGGACCACACAACCACAGCCCUGGGUCUGGACCACACAACCCUGGGUCUGGACCCCACAACGACAGCAUGGAGUCAGUGGCAGAGUCUAGUAUGGAGAUACACGACCAGCAGGACACCUUCCACACCCAGCCUGAUCAAACUAACACCACACACACACAUACACUCACACAGCCUUCACACACACCCACACAGCUAAACGCCACACACACACCCACACAGCCAGAACUCACCGUGACUCAGCCCAGGAGCACAGUUUCAGUCCAGGCCCAGCAGAGUCUUGAAGAGAGAAUCUCCAAGCUGAUCUCAGAGAACGAUGCAGUGGUGGAGGACAAACACCUGAACACAGUUCGACCCAGGAAGACCCUCUUGUCCAAACAGGGCAGCAUCGACCUGCCAAUGCCCUACACCUACAAAGAUUCCUUCCACUUCGAUAUGAAGACCAGCAACAGGCCUCCUACAGCCAGCGCUGGGAUGGCCUGGCAGAGAGGGGACAGGGGAGGAGGGUGGCCAGGUCUGUAUAGUUCAGUACCUACCCAGACCUCCACCAGCCUGGAGCAGGGGCAUCAUGCCCCCCUGACCCGUAGUAGCUCCCUGCCCCACUGUGUGGGCCUUCAGGGUACAGUCAGAGCCAGCUCGGCCUCUCCUCACAACCCCCAUCCUCACCAAAGAGACUGGCUAUACCUGGGCCGUAAGGGCAGCUCUGGACUACUUUACCCAGUAGGCUUUGCCACCAAGUCUGUUGACCGUCGCGCAUCAGGCCACCGCACGCUGGUCAGACAGGCGGCCGUGGACAACCUCCCGACGGACGGACCAUUGACGUUAGCAGCCGGCGACAAUGUCAUUCCCUGCUGUCUUGGCUCAGAUGGAGACGGAGGCAUGGAUGGAGAGCUGAGUAGAAAGAGUGGUAGGAAGAAGUCCCAGAAGUUUGCCUACAGUAAGUGGUACAAGUAUGGAGGAGGAGGAGGAGGAGGGACGUUCACAAAGCUCUACAGCCCAGAGAAGGCAGCUGAUCCUGGUGUGUUGAAGGCUAAAAGGUCAUUAGCUGGUCUGGAGCCAGAGAGGGUCCUGGGGGUUCAGAGAGGCCCAGCAGUAAGCAGAAACCUGGUGACAUCACUGGUCUCAGGUAGUGCCACUGUGUGUCUUCCAUCCUGUCUCCAAGACAACCUUUCACCUGUCAAUCAUGUCCACUCAUAUCGAAUGCCCAGUCAUCUCCAUAACACACCCACUUCCUGUCUCACACCCAGUUAUCUACACACCACACCCACUUCCUGUCUCACACCGAGUCAUCUCCAUACCACACCCACUUCCUGUCUCACACCUGGUCAUCUUCAUACCCCACCCACUUCCUCUCUCAAGCAUCCCCUCCAGAGAACCCAGUCAGUCUCAAAAGAAGUGUUUUCUAACAGGACUGACUGUGUGUCUAUGACAGUGACCCACCAGGAGAAACACACCAACUGUGUGUCUCAACGAUGUGGAAGCCAUGUUCCCUCAGAGAGGAAGAAGCAGAAGAUUGAGAAUAACGUCUGUCUUCUGGAGGGAGGAGGAGGCCUACACAGCAGCAGUAAACUGAACAAACUCUCAUCCUCAGACAGAGGUGGGAUAGCCAAGCCCUCCUCCUCCUCUGAUUCAGCCAAGACCAGUUUCCUCCCUAAGUACCAAUUGAGGCUUCCUACAGACUCAGGGCCUACGGGCCUCACCCAAACACAACCUAGAGGCCCUGUCAGGGUUUCAUCAGUCACAGGUGUAGGACAGGGUCAGGGCAGGUUUGCUACACCUGAGACAGCUCUAGAUCAAAGCCAGUCUGCUACACCUGUGACAGAUCGAGAUCAAAGCCAGUCUGCUACACCUGUGACAGAUCUAGUUCAAAGCCAGUCUGCUACACCUGUGACAGCUCUAGAUCAAAGCCAGUCUGCUACACCUGUGACAGAUCUAGUUCAAAGCCAGUUUGCUACACCUGUGACAGAUCUAGAUCAAAGCCAGUCUGCUACACCUGUGACAGAUCUAGAUCAAAGCCAGUCUGCUACACCUGUGACAGAUCUAGAUCAAAGCCAGUCUGCUACACCUGUGACAGCUCUAGAUCAAAGCCAGUUUGCUACACCUGUGACAGAUCUAGUUCAAAGCCAGUCUGCUACACCUGUGACAGAUCUAGAUCAAAGCCAGUCUGCUACACCUGUGACAGCUCUAGAUCAAAGCCAGUUUGCUACAACUGUGACAGAUCUAGUUCAAAGCCAGUUUGCUACAACUGUGACAGCUCUAGAUCAAAGCCAGUUUGCUACAACUGUGACAGAUCUAGUUCAAAGCCAGUCUGCUACACCUGUGACAGAUCUAGAUCAAAGCCAGUCUGCUACACCUGUGACAGCUCUAGAUCAAAGCCAGUUUGCUACCAUCACAGCCACAGCGGUGAAGCAAUCUGCCACACCACCCACAGCCUUAGUACAGAGCAUGCCGUGGAAAACAUCAGUACAUGGUCAGUGCCCUACAGCCAACACCACUUCCACAACAACCCUCCACCCUGCUCUCAAAGUAGCAGACCAUGUCAACCCUCUAACUUAUGUUACAACAGAGGUUAACCCUCCGUGUCAUACGAUAACAGCUUUAGCAUGCCAUACCAUACCCUUCACUAAAACACAGUCAUCACCAUACCAUACAUCAGUAGCAUACCCUGCUAUACCAUUCACUAUUAGUCACAGCAGCCAGUCAGAGGGUCAGAAAGUGUUCCACGUGAGGACAGCGGACCUACACAUCUGUCUCCAGCUCAUCUCAGACGAACAGCUGGCGCUCAUACAGCCUCAGAUAGAACGACAGGAUACCACAUCAGAGUCUCAGAUAGAGAAACAGGAUAUGACAUCAGUGACAGGGCCUUCUCAUGGUGGCGUCCAUGGAUUGAUGAGAGUAGCGGUGGAUCCACUAGGAACCACAAUGAAAAAUGAAGCGCUCCAAACUAGCUCAUGUAUUCUACCUGACGCUGAAACACAGGGGGGGACAGCAAAGCAUGUGACACAGGAAGUCACUGGAACUUUGGAUCCAGUAGAACCUUCUUCAUCACAACAUGAGAACAACAGAGGUUUCUCUGGCGAUAAAGAGGGGCAGCAUUCAGCAGCAGUAUGUUGUCAUGACCUGGACCAUCCCUCAACAGACACCCUCUGUAGUCCUGGAACUCCUCUCACUCAGACGGACAAAUCAGACAUGACGGAAGCUGCUCCUCUAACCAACACAGAGCAGCAACUGUCUCGUAAUGGCUAUGUUUCACUUGAACCACCUGACCCAGGACUAUCUUUCCAGAACCACCCAGACACCAACACCGUCCAAGAGACUACAGGACUAUCUUUCCAGAACCACCCAGACACCAACACCGUCCUAGAGACUACAGGACUAUCUUUCCAGAACCACCCAGACACCAACACCGUCCUAGAGACUACAGGACUGUCUUUCCAGAACCACCCAGACUCCAACACCUUCCAAGAUACUAUAGGGCUAUAUCCUCAGAUCCACCCAGAUUCUGUCAACAUGACUCCAGCUCUGCCUCACAACCAGGGUGCCCAGUCUAGAACUCUCCAGAACCACCCAGAUACCAACACAGUCACAAUGCUUCUUCAGAACCACAUAGACACUAGCAACGUGACUCCAGCUCUGCCUCACAACCGGGGUGCCCAAUCUAGAACUCUCCAGAACCACCCAGACACCAACACAGUCACAAUGCUUCUUCAGAACCACAUAGACACUAGCAAUGUGGCUCCAGUCAGUCUAUCUCUGCCUCUAUUUCUCCCGCCGAGGACACCAGGUGGUGUAGCUUCUGCCUCUCUGGGAGGUGUGGAAUCAGCCAGGAGUCAGACAGACAGAGGAGAAGAACAAGGGCUUCCUCUGCACCUCCUCCUUUCUUCAGACAGGACAGUCAGUGAAGUGGUCAGCCCCUCUCAUCAGAUCUGGUCUGAACAGGGCCUUGAUACCACUGAGAACAAUGUUGUCAUCCUCCCUAGCAACGCUGUUUCGUCUCUCUACAAUCAUGUCUGGGACAAUCCUGGGGAACCCAACUCAGCUGGACCACAGGUCUGUACUGGGCUGCCAGCUGGAGAACCCAACUCAGCUGGAACACUGGUCUGUACUGGACUGCUAGCUGGAGAACCCAACUCAGCUGGAACACUGGUCUGUACUGGACUGCCAGCUGGAGAACCCAACUCACCUGGACCACUGGUCUGUACUGGUCUGCCAGCUGGAGAACCCAACUCACCUGGACCACAGGUCUGUACUGGACUGCCAGCUGGAGAACCCAACUCACCUGGACCACAGGUCUGUACUGGGCUGCCAGCUGGAGAACCCAACUCACCUGGACCACAGGUCUGUACUGGACUGCCAGCUGGAGAACCCAACUCACCUGGACCACAGGUCUGUACUGGACUGCCAGCUGGAGAACCCAACUCACCUGGACCACUGGUCUGUACUGGACUGCCAGCUGGAGAACCCAACUCAGCUGCCGUCAACCACAGCCUCACAGCAGGAACCAAGAAGAGCUGUGACAGAGGAGGAGAUGAGGUGGAGGAAGACUCCAGAAGAACGAGUCUGAAAGAUGAAGAGGUGUUAGAGGAGAGGGAAGAGGUGUUGGAAGAGAAGGAGGAGUCGGUGGAGAGGGAUGAGAUGGAUGAGAGGGAGGAGAGGGAAAGGGAACAGGUGUUUGAAAAGAGGGAGGACAGGGAGGUGUUCAAGGAGAGGGAGGAGAGAGAAGAGGGGGAAGAAGUGUUGGAAGAGAGAGAAGAGAGGGAGGAGAGAGAAGAGGUUUUGGAAGAGAGUGAGGAGACAACGGAAACACCUGGCCAUACCUCUGAUGGGUUUAGAGGAGAGAAUGAAGCAGAUUCCCGUCACAGCAUCUGGACAUCGCUGCCACUUUACAGUCAUCUAUAUCAGACACCAACCAACGUGUCUCACAACCUUUCAAAGGCCCCUCAGCAGCAGAUCAACUUAACUUCAGAAAAAAACCCGUCGUAUAACCAACAGACCAGCUCUUCAAAUGACCCUGACCCCACCACCCGGACCCCACCACAGACCAGCUCUUCAAAUGACCCUGACCCCACCACCCUGACCCCACCACAGACCAGCUCUUCAAAUGACCCUAAACCCACCACCCUGACCCCACCACGGACCAGCUCUUCAAAUGACCCUGAACCCACCACCCUGACCCCACCACGGACCAGCUCUUCAAAUGACCCUGAACCCACCACCCUGACCCCACCACAGACCAGCUCUUCAAAUGACCCUGAACCCACCACCCUGACCCCACCACAGACCAGCUCUUCAAAUGACCCUGACCCCACCACCCUGACCCCACCACGGACCAGCUCUUCAAAUGACCCUGAAACCACUGUAUGCCACAGCACCCCAGUCUUUAGUAAUACCAGCAGGGUAGGACAGACACACCCCUUCCCUACAGCACAGUGUGUGAGCAGGUUUAGGGUCCCUACAGUACAGUGUGUGAGCAGGUUUAGGGCCCCUACAACAGAGUGUGUGAGCAGGUUUAGGGCCCCUACAGUAGACUGUGUGAGCAGGGUUGGGGGAGUGCAGAGUAGUAGCCUGGAGGACCAAGAGGACAGUAGCAGUAGUGAUGAUGAAGGGAAACUCAUUAUUGAGCUUUAGACAGGAGUUAGAUUUUCUACAUGGAAUACAGACAGUCUGGAAGAGG